AUGCGUGAUUUGUGGAAAACGUACUUGAAAGAUGCGCAUGCAGUUGUAUGGGUCCUGGACGCGGUGCGAUGGGCGACCGAUGCCGAGGUUGUGGAUGGAGCGUGCACCGCAUAUCGCGACAGCAUUUUAUCUACACUGUUUACCUUUGUGGGCGAUGCUGCGGAACGCGGACAGCCGUUGGUGAUCGUCGUGAGCAAAGUGGAUGCGCUUGGGCCAGAUGUCAAGGCCUCGCAUGGCUUUCCGCAAGACCAGGUUCAUGCGCGCGGUGUGCUCGAGCAUGUCCGCUCGACCAUUCAGAAGCGCUGCGCAUCUUUCGUGAAAGAGAAUGCACAGCGCGGCCUUCCCGAGCCACAGAUCGUGUUUGUGUGCGCGAGUGCAGUGACAGGCGAGGGGAUCGCAGAUGCAAUGCGCAAUGUGUACAGUUUAGCGCAGCGGUAUGCACCUAGCACAGCACGGCGGCCAUAUACCACACCCAGAUAG